CGCCACUUUCAUUUCCUUCGAGCUGAACACGUGUCAAGAGUAUUUGGAAACUGCUACACAGCACAACAGCGAAUAUCACCUGGAUUAUUUUUCUGUCUAGCCUGAAAGUAUAUCUACAGUGAACAACAGCCAUGUCAUAUAUUUUACUCAACUGUAUGGGGACUGUCACGGACCAUUCUGAAUAUAGCGAACUGGAGGUCAAGAACCCACAGAUCCAUGUUAAAAACCCCCACUUGGAUACAAUGGAAGAGGACAUUCUCUAUCACUUCAACCUGGGGACCAAGACCCACAACCUACCUGAGAUGUUCGGAGACGUCAAGUUUGUGUGCGUCGGCGGGAGUGCCAAUCGGAUGAAGUCCUUUGCUCAGUUCAUUCACCAGGAGCUGGCCUUGCCGCCCGGAAACAUGGAUAAUGUCACAGAUAUCUGUGAAGGAACCGACCGCUACUCCAUGUACAAAGUGGGACCCGUACUUUCUAUCAGUCAUGGUAUGGGCGUCCCCUCCAUCUCCAUCAUGCUCCAUGAGCUCAUCAAACUGCUGCAUCAUGCCCGCUGCAUCGACUUCAUCCUCUUCCGCAUUGGCACCUCCGGUGGAGUCGGUCUGGAACCAGGAACCGUAGUGGUCACAGACAAGGCGGUGGACUGCUUCUUCCGCGCCCAGUUUGAGCAGGUGGUUCUAGGUAAGGUGGUCACCAGGAGCACAGAGCUGGAUGUGGGCAUAUCCAAGGAGCUGCUGCAGUGCUCGUCCGAGUUAGACGAUGUGCCAACCGUCAUCGGAAACACCAUGUGCACCAGUGACUUCUACGAAGGUCAGGGUCGGCUUGAUGGAGCUCUCUGCUCCUUCUCCACUGAGGACAAGCUGGAGUACUUAAGGAAAGCCUAUAACACAGGAGUCAGGAAUAUUGAGAUGGAGUCCACCGUCUUCGCAGCCAUGUGUCGUGCCUGUGCCAUCAAAGCGGCUGUCGUCUGUGUGACUUUGUUGAACCGUUUCGAUGGGGAUCAGAUCUCCACCCCUCAUGAUGUGCUAGUGGAGUACCAACAGAGACCUCAGGUUCUGGUGGCCCACUUCAUCAAGAAACGCCUGGGCCUCGUCGUCUAAAGCUCCCUCCGAUCACCUCUGCUGCCCAUGAACUGCACAUAGCUACAGCCUCGACUGUUACGGGGACAUACACGGAGUGUACAAAACAUUAGGAACUCCUUCCUAUUGAGUUUCACCCCUUUUGCCCCCUGACUGAAGUGGAUUUAACAGGUGACAUCAAUAAGGGAUCAUAGCUUUCACCUGGUCAGACUGUCAUGGAAAGAGCAGGUGUUCUUAAUGUUUUGUACACUCAGUGUAUGUAUACAGUCAUGUUGAUAUGUUACGAUAUUAUUUGAAGUGUUCUAAAAGUACAUGAAGAUUUUACAGAUGUGUUGUAUCGUGUAUGAUUUGUUAAAUGAAGCUCAAAGAGUGGGCUCUUACGCAAUUGUGUGGUAUAUUUGUAAUGGUAUUGCAGUUGAAGUCGGAGGUUUACAUACACCUUAGCCAAAUACAUUUAAACAGUUUUUCACAAUUCCUGACAUUUAAUCCUAGUAGAAAUUCCUUGAUUUAGGUUCAGUUAGGAUCACCACUUUAUUUUAAGAAUGUGAAAUGUCAGAAUAAGAGUAGAGAGAAUGAUUUAUUUCAGAUUUUAUUUAUUUCAUCACAUCCCAGUGGGUCAGAAGUUUACAUACAUUCAAUUAGUAUUGGUCUCAUUGCCUUUAAAUAGUUUAACUUCAAACGCUUCAGGUAGCCUUCCACAAGCUUCCCACAAUAAGUUGUGAGCAUUUUGGCCCAUUCCUCCUGACAGAGCUGGUGUAACUGAGUCGGGUUUGUAGGCCUCCUUGCUCGCACACGCUUUUUCAGUUCUGCCCACAAAUGUUCUAUAGAAUUGAGGUCAGGGCUUUGUGAUGGCCACUCCAAUACCUUGACUUUGUUGUCCUUAAGCCAUUUUGCCACAACUUUGGAAGUAUGCUUGGGGUCAUUGUCCAUUUGGAAGACCCAUUUGCGAUCAAGCUUUAACCUCAUGACUGAUGUUGCUUCAAUAUAUCCACAUCAUUUUUCUUCUCAUGAUGCCAUCUAUUUUGUGAAGUGCACGAGUCCCUCCUGCAGCAAAGCACCCCCACAACAUGAUGCUGCCACCCCCGUGCUUCACGGUUGGGAUGGUGUUCUUCGGCUUGCAAGCCUCCCCCUUUUUCCUCCAAACAUAACAAUGGUCAUUAUGGUCAAACAGUUCUAUUUUUGUUUCAUCAGACAUUUCUCCAAAAAGUACGAUCUUUGUCCCCAUGUGCAGUUGUAAACCGUGGUCUGGGUUUUUUAUGGCGGUUUUGGAGCAGUGGCUUCUUCCUUGUUUCUUCCUUGCUGAGUUUAUACUUGCGUACUAUUGUUUGUACAGAUGAACAUAGUACUUUCAGGCAUUUGGAAAUUGCUCCCAAGGAUGAACCAGACUUGUGGAGGUCUACAAAUUAUUUUAUUUUGAUUUUCCCAUGAUGUCAAGCAAAGAGGCACUGAGUUUGAAGGUAGGCCUUGAAAUACAUCCACAGGUACACCUCCAAUUGACUCAAAUUAUGUCAAUUAGCCUAUCAGAAGCUUCUAAAGCCAUGACAUCAUUUUCUGGAGUUUUCCAAGCUGUUUAAAGGCACAGUCAACUUAGUGUAUGUAAACUUCUGACCCACUGGAAUUGUGAUACAGUGAAUUAUAAGUGAAAUAAUCUGUAUGUAAACAAUUGUUGAAAAAAUUACCUGUGUCAUGCACAAAGUAGAUGACCUAAAUGACCUUGCCAAAACUAUAGUUUGUUAACAAGAAAUGUGUGGAGUGGUUGAAAAACGAGUUUUAAUAACUCCAACCUAAGUGUAUGUAAACUUCCGACUUCAACUGUAUAUAUUGUGUUGCUUUUGACUACCUUGACUGUGUAGAUGAAAUUGUUGGUUUCUCUGUAACUACACUGAACAGAAAUAUAAACGCAACCUGUAAAGA